AUGACUAUUGAGAGGGCCCUACGAAUCGCUUUCUUCGGCUCGGAUAAGUUCAGCAGACAAUCACUCCAUAGACUUCGAGAACUACGGCACCAGCAGCCGUCGCUCAUAUCCUCGCUCACGGUAGUCACUCGGUCUAUAAAGCCAACAGGGCGUAACUUGAAGAACUUUGUGGACGUGCCAAUUGGCGAAUAUGCUCAGCAGCAUCAGCUACCAGUUUUGAGAGCAGACUCACUGGAGGAGAUUCUUCGACUUUUGAAUCAUGAGAGUUUUGACUUGGCGGUGGCUGUCUCAUAUGGCAAACUCAUCCCUGGGGCGUUCAUCAGCUCGCUUAAGUAUGGCGGCAUCAACGUUCACCCGUCUUUGUUGCCUAUGUAUAGGGGUUCUUCACCAAUACAGUAUGCAUUGAAGGAUGAUUUGAAGGAGACUGGCGUCUCUUUACAAACCCUUCACCCGUCUAAGUUUGAUCAUGGCACAGUCAUCCUGCAAUCUGAACCUAUACCUAUCUCCGAAGAUGACAACUUUGAUUCAUUAGCUGAACGCUUGGGUGUUGUUGGUGCGAACUUGCUAGCGUCGGCAAUUGUCGAUGGCUCUUUCAUUGAACCAAUAAAGCCAAUACAAACGCUGUACAAGCCGUCCUUGGCACCGAAAAUAAGAUCCUCUGAAUCACAAAUAAAGUGGUCACUGCUAUCCGCAAGGCAGAUCAAAAGAUUAAACGAUGCUUUGGGUCCAUUGUAUACUUACAAAAAGGUCGACAUAAAGAAGAAGAGACAAAAUGUUCACGAAUUACACAAGGUAAUUCUUGACAAAAUAAGCAUAUCAGACUCAUUUGACAACUUACGAGAACCAGGUGAAUUUAUUCAUGACACGGACACUAAUUCUCUUGUGAUAAAAACCUUGGAUGGUGCCGUGAAGAGCAGGGCCAACACCUAA